AUGUCGGUUCAGGGUUCAGGCCCGGUGCCGAUGCUCUUACUGUUCUUCAAGAUGGGUCAAGAAGCCUGGACUCCAAACCAGCAUUCAAAUGCCUUUGGUCGCAUACCAGUUCAUUCCCAAACUAGCCGAUUGUCAGCUACUUCGACCACCCCAAGCCGACAAGCUCCUUCCAACCAAAGCAGCUCAGCAAUCGAAGCCAACAUGGACACUGAUAACGAGAUUGAGAUUGCAAAUGCUAGCCAAGAUUGCUUGAUAAAUCAACACUCAAACCUUCGUCAACAAAUCCAUAUUGAUCCAUCCCAUCGCGAUUUGAAUCAACGUCUCAAUCCAACAGCAACCCAUUUGGCAUCAGGUCAAGCAAGAAAUGCAGCUCACUCGAUCUACAAGGCCCGCGAAAUCUGCCGUGAGAGCUUUGUACAGGCAGCAGCACAGGGCCGUGAUAACUUUUGGAAUGAUCAUCGUGAUCCCAUGUUCUACCCUCGCGAGGAACCUGUUCGCAGCACUGGAAGCUUCAGCAGUGCUCUGGCCGACCCUCAACAAUGUGGAGCUAGUGCGGCCUCCUUCAAUUUGGAUCGGGACGUCUUACUGCCCCCUCACCACCUCCGGAGCUUCGAUUCAUGCCCAAUCAACAUUCCACCAAGUCACAAGUCAAGAUGGUGA